GCUACGGAAGAACUGCCUUCCUGUUUCCGGCAACUUCACAACAUCCAAAAUGUCUGCUGCCAUCGCUUCUCUUGUCUCGUACGCCAGUGAUUCCGAUUCAGAAAAUGAGUCCGAGUCGAAUCCAAAUGUGAAGCAGGUUGAUCCAGAUGUCACUGCUCACCUUAAACCUUUACCGUCCGGAAAAACCAUGUCUUUGGUUGUCCUCAAUUCUGCUCCGGAGGUCGCCGUAAAGGAGGCCAUUGAGACGGGCAGUCAUCUGGAUCCUUCGCUGAAAGAAGUGGGUUUUAACCCAACAUAUGAAACCAUGUUUGCACCUGAAUUUGGGCCAAAAAACCCGUUUAAAACCCAGCAGAUGGCUGCUCCCAGGAACAUGUUAUCUGGUUACGCAGAACCAGCUCACGUCAAUGACUUUAUGUUUGAACAGCAAAGGAGGACUUUUUCCACCUACGGCUAUGCUUUAGAUCCUUCUGUUGACACACAAGCUUCCACUAACAGCUACAUUGGAGCAGUAGAUGAGGCAGAGAAAAAUAAAGGCCUGACUGUGUUUGAGAGUGGAACUAAAAAGUCAGAGAAGAGGAAAAAGGUCAAAGGUGGAGAAGCAGCAGAAAUUGACAACUUCCUCGGACCAUGGGCCAAAUACGUAGACGAAAAUGAUGUUGCCAAGCCAUCGGAGGAAGAGCAGAAAGAGCUAGAUGAAAUUACUGCCAAGAGGCAGAAGAAGGGAAGGAAUGAAGAAGAGGCUCCAGCAGAGGAGAAGACCAUUCUCCAUGUUAAAGACAUGUAUGAUUACCAGGGCAGGUCGUACCUCCAUGUCCCUCAGGAUGUGGGCGUCAACCUACGCACUGCAGAGGCUCCGGAUAAAUGUUACCUGCCGAAGAAACAGAUUCAUGUCUGGUCUGGACACACUAAGGGUGUAAGUGCGAUCCGACUGUUUCCUGGCUCUGGUCAUCUGCUUCUCUCCUGUGCCAUGGACUGUAAGAUUAAGCUGUGGGAGGUUUACAACGAGAGGAGGUGUAUGCGCACAUUUAUUGGUCACAGCAAAGCGGUGCGAGAUAUUUGCUUCAACAACAGCGGGGCACAGUUCCUCAGUGCUGCAUACGACCGGUACCUCAAACUGUGGGACUCUGAGACAGGCCAGUGUAUCGCCCGAUUCACAAACAGGAAGGUACCCUACUGUGUCAAGUUCAACCCAGACGAGGACAAACAGAACCUCUUCGUGGCUGGCAUGUCGGAUAAGAAGAUUGUUCAGUGGGACAUCAGGACCGGUGAGGUGGUUCAGGAGUACGACCGUCACCUGGGUGCCGUCAACACCAUCACCUUUGUUGACGAGAAUCGCCGGUUUGUCAGCACAUCAGACGACAAGAGUCUUCGAGUUUGGGAGUGGGACAUCCCAGUGGACUUUAAGUACAUCGCUGAGCCCAGCAUGCACUCGAUGCCAGCUGUGACUCUCUCUCCCAAUGGUAAAUGGCUCGCGUGCCAGUCGAUGGACAACCAGAUUCUGAUCUUCGGUGCCCAAAAUCGUUUCCGACUAAACAAGAAGAAGAUCUUUAAGGGCCACAUGGUGGCUGGCUAUGCCUGCCAAGUGGACUUCUCCCCAGACAUGAGCUACGUGGUGUCUGGAGACGCGGAUGGAAAGCUGAACGUUUGGGAUUGGAAGACCACCAAGCUUUACCACAGGAUCAAAGCUCACGAUAAAGUGUGCAUCAGCGCCCUCUGGCACCCACACGAAACCUCGAAAGUCAUCACCUGUGGCUGGGAUGGACAAAUCAAACUCUGGGAUUAGAACAGCCCCGGGGGGUUUCGAAG